AUGAGAAUAAAGGUCAUAUUUCAAGAUGGACUUAGUGAAAGAUAUCACAAAGUUUGGUGCGCCAUACCUAAAGACAUUGAUAAAACUGAAGAUCUCCGAAAAUAUUUAAUAAAAACAUUUUUUGUCAAGGGGAAUCAAAAAUGUAUAGUAGAGAUGGACGGAUUUGAAAUACCAGAUCUUAUGGAUAUCAAUGAGCUUAUUAAAGAAGAUGAAGUUUUAACUUUAAAACAAAAAGAAAAACCAAAAAUAGAGAAAAAGGCUGUAAAGGGAAUAUCUAGCUCUGAGUCUCCAAGUGAAAAAUCUAAAUCUUCUUGUGAAGAAUCAUUAUCUUCGGAUGAUGACUUGCCCAAAAAGAAGAAACGAAAGUUCAGCAAUGAAAAAGUCCAGAAAAUCGAUAAUGAAGACAAGGGGACCAAUAAUAUAGGCACAAAAGUUAAUUUAUACAAAAAGAAAAACGAUAAGCAGCUUAAGCGUAUUCAAAAAACUAAUCCAAAAAUAGAAGCCUAUUCAGGUACGCACAUAAAAUUUAACGAGUCAGGAUCUAAAAUUUAUAACCCGAAAAUAUCGCCUGAGCUUAAUAUUAAAACUCCCGCAGAAGAAUUUGAAGAAAAAAAAUCUUCUUGAAAAAUAAAGCCAAUUCCUAAAAGGAAGCCAAAAUUCAACGUCGCUACCCAAUCAAUUUUGAACACUGACGGAACUCCUAACUCCCCCUCCGUGGCAAACAAAACCAUUAGAAAAAUCCAUAUUCUCUGCCCAAAAAAUUACCCUCUGUGAGCGAACAAAAACUUUUUUAAUAGAAAAAUUUUUGAUAUAUAAGUGAUAAUUAGUAUAAUGGAAUCUUAGCUAAUUCGGUUUAUUUAAAAAAUUAAGUUUUAAAACAUAAAUUUUUUACAAAUUAAAUAAAUAUUUGUUUCCAAUUUUUGCGAAAUGAGAUUUUUUAAAAAUUUAGAAAAAAAAUUUUUCAAUAAAAUUUUUAAAAAAUAAUUAACCCGACAAGUUGUUUUGCUCGCUCACGGAAGGGGGGGUAAGCAAUUCAUCAAGAGGUUUGGUGAAAUCAAUCCAGAAUUGGAAAUCCGUGAGAUCUACGAAUUUGAUGAAAAUGAUUAUGAGCUAGCCAACAUAAAUCAAAUAAAAGAAGGCGAUGAAAUUUUAUUUAAAACUUUGGAAUUAAAUGAGGAGACAUUGACGCCUGCAAUGUCUGAAGUAAAAAGAGGGAAAGUUGCUAGUUUAGAAGAUGGAAAAGUAACUAUUGUAUUGAUGAGAGAAAUUGAUGAAGAGGAAAAUAAAAAAAUUGGAGAAUUGGACAUUGUUGAUGAUUUGCUCAUGGAAAAAUUUCAAAUUACAAUAGAAAAGAAAUGGUUAGUUGAUGUAAAAAUCAAGAAAAAUAAUAAGGUAAGUUAA